UGUGGCCCAACCUGGCUACCGUACACGAUGUUCUUGCACUGUGUGGACGGUGUCCGCAGAGGGACUGCCUGCACGCGUUGUGAACCUUCAUGUCAUGGCUUCGCGGGUCGGGAAACGAGGAGCACCGGCGGAGGAUGAGCAGCUUCCUUUACAGGCUGUUCUGAUAGCUGACAGCUUCAACCGGAGGUUCUAUCCUAUCACCAAGGAUCGGCCACGGGCUCUUCUUCCAUUAGCCAAUGUGGCUCUAAUAGAUUACACUCUGGAAUUUCUCGCAGCCAAUGGAGUGAAGGAAACAUUUGUGUUCUGCUGCUGGAUGGCGAAUGAGAUAAAAGAACAUCUGAGGAAAUCCAAAUGGUGUAGGCCAACCAGCUCCAAUGUGGUUCGUGUGGUGACAUCUGAACUCUAUCGCUCUCUUGGAGAUGUCCUGAGGGAUGUUGAUGCCAAAUCCCUACUGAGAUCAGAUUUCAUUUUAGUCACUGGAGAUGUCGUGUCCAACAUCAAUAUUGAAACAGCCUUGGAAGCACAUAGAACACGACGAAAAUUGGAGAAGAAUGUGUCCGUUAUGACCAUGAUUCUCAAAGAGUCUUCCCCUGGUCAUCACACACGUUGUCAAGAGGACGAUGUUAUCAUUGCUAUGGAUAGCAAGACAAACCGAGUGCUGCUUUUUCAGAAGAGCCAGGACAUGAAGCGUUAUCAUUUUCCAAUGAGCAUUUUCCAGAGUAAGACUGAUGAAAUUGAGCUGCGCCGUGAUUUGCUGGAUUGUCACAUCAGCAUCUGUUCUCCACAGGUUGCAGAAUUGUUUACAGAUAACUUUGAUUAUCAAACAAGGGAUGACUUUGUCCGCGGCCUUUUAGUGAAUGAAGAGAUCUUGGGGAAUCAGAUCCACCUUCAUGUGACUCAGGAAGAGUAUGGUGCUCGUGUUUCCAACCUCUUGAUGUAUGAAGCUGUCACCUCUGACAUUCUGUGUCGCUGGCUGUACCCCAUCACCCCUGAAACCAACUUCACAGAUCAAACUGACCAGAUCUAUACCCACUCCCGUCACAACAUAUAUCGAGGGUCAGAAGUCAGUAGAGGCCACGGCAGCAGUCUGCAAGAGAACGUGUUGAUCGGCAGACAAACGACAAUUGGUGCGAAGUGCAGCAUCAGAAAUGCCACCAUCGGACGGAACUGCAACAUUGGGGACAGAGUGAUUUUGGAGAAUGUGUAUAUCUGGGAUGGGGUUCACAUUGAAGAUGAUGUUAAAAUCAAAAAUUCAAUCAUUUGCAACGAUGUUGUUGUGAAAGAAAAGGUGCAGAUAAAUCCACACUGUGUCCUGACCUCCAAGGUUGUUGUGGGCCCCGACUUGCAGAUCCCAGAGAAUACGGUGAUUUCUCUGCAUCAUCCUGAUGAGGAUGACGAUGAUGAUGAUGAAUUCAGUGAUGAUGCAGGACAUGGCAAAGAAAUAGAGCGAUCAAAGGUCAAAGGAUAUAACAAAGAUGAAGUUGGAUCAGAGGGUCAGGGUUAUGUGUGGAAAGCUUCAGAAAUUACAGAAGAUGAAGAAAAUGAGCUGCAGAGGAGUUUUUGGGGAUUGACUCUGACCACGGAAGAGAUCAGCGAUGGUGAGAGUGAGAUAAUUGCAGGGUCUGAGCAGAUGGAUAGUCGUACAGCCUCCCCACAGUUUGACGAUAUUAAAGUUUUCCAGAAUGAGGUUUUGGGAACGUUGCAGAGAGGAGUGGAGGAGAACAUUUCAUGUGACAAUCUGGUGUUAGAAAUUAACUCCCUCAAGUAUGCCUAUAAUAUCUCCCUUGUAGAGGUCAUGCAGGUUCUCUGUAGAGUGGUCCUGGAAUUCCCAAUGCAACAGCUCGACGGAAUGCUUGACGUUAACCCCUAUUGCGCUGCCCUGCUCCCCCUUCUCAAGAGAUGGACCCCAGUAUUUAAGAACUACGUAAAGCGGGCCUCAGACCAUCUUUGUUGUCUGGGAGCUAUUGAGGAGUUCUUCCUGGACCAUGACACUUUGUGGGCUGGUAUUGCAAAGGUGCUUAUGGAUUUCUACCAGCAAGAUGUGAUAGCAGAGGAGAUGAUUCUUCGUUGGUUUUCAAAGACCGAUAUCACUGAAAAGGGUCGCCAAUUGCGUAAAAGACAAGUGCUUCAGAAGUUUAUCCAGUGGUUGGAAGAAGCUGAAGAGGAAUCUUCAGAAGAUGAGUGAUGUAGAAGAGGUGGCUCCUGCUUGCCCUUCACUUUACUAGGUUCCCGUUGGGUAAUCCUUGAGAAUGCUUAAAAGUGCUAACAUAUCCCUUCAACUGCAGUUUGAGAAAAACAUCCUGAGGACAUCUCCACUGCCAUUAAAAUCUGGAACUGUGGUCUCCUUCCAUGAAUUGUACAAGCUUAAAGGACCUCUUCCAUGCUACUAAUGACUUGACUAUUCCACACCAUCUGGUAGAACAUAAUUAUUGUUACAUAAGGCAGCUUUAUGAUAACAUAACUACCGAGCAAUCACUGCUUUGUGUACUAGAGGGACUUGGAGUUGGCCUCUACAAGUAAACAGAUAUCUUUGCUUCGGCCUCCUCUCCAUGUGUUCGGAGACAGCUUGUAUGCAUGUCUCCAUGGGAGAGGGAUCAACUUAUAGGAAGCUGCUGGAAGGAUGUUUCACUGCACAGACUGCCGUGUAUGAGAAUGCAAAUAUUUAUUUCAGGGAUCAAAUAAAGAGUAUAUUGAUGUGG